AUGUGGCCUUGCACCCCUUCGGCCGACUCCCUCACACGGCCGCGCAUAGUUGUGGCCGUUGUUUCGGUCGUAGCAGCGGCUUCCAUAGGGUACUAUGCAUAUCAAUCCCGCCAGAGCCAUCCUUCGCGAUUGACCCCGACGGGCGGUGGCCUGCAUCGGAGUAACGCCAUACGACGCCCCCGUCACGGAACCAACGAAUGGAACGCACACUCGUCGCCGUCCGAUGUUGUCAUCGAUGAAAACACCCGAGUGAUAGAUUUGAGAGGGCAAAGACCUACCGAUCAUCAUCGGGAUGCCGACCAUCAGGAUGCCGACCGUCGGGAUGCCGAGGAUCGAGAUGCCGAAACUGUCGUCGACGUUGAUGCCGGCGGCGACGACUGGUGGAAUCAGCCCGGUGCCAACAGCCUACAGACCCCGUCCAUACGGACUGGGCACAGUAUAGUCACGCUGCUUUUUCGGGUCUCAGAAGACAAUGCCAGGCGCAAUGGAUGCGUUCAUAGGGGAUGCCAAUGUAAUUCAUGUGGCAUGGUGCCUAUACGCGGAGUACGCUAUCGAUGCGCCAACUGCGCCGACUUUGAUCUGUGCGAGACGUGCGAGGCCCAAGGCGUCCACAACAAGACGCACAUAUUCUACAAGAUCAAGAUUCCUGCCCCGCCGUUUGGGCCAAGGCAGAUGCAACCAGUCUGGUAUACCGGUGAUCCCGACACUUGCCGCCGCAAUCUGUCCAAGGCACUCAUUGCGCGGCUGUCGAGGGACACCGGAUUCGAGCGGCCCGAGCUGGAGGCCUUCUGGGAGCAGUGGACGUACAUGGCUAAUACAGAGUGGCGCAACGACCCUGACGGACUGUGCAUUGCCAUGGAUCGCAAGACGUUUGAGCGAUGCCUGGUCCCUACCGGUGGGUCGCGACAUGCAGCGCCUAAUCUAAUCCACGACCGCAUGUUUUCCUUUUACGACUCAAAUGACGACGGCUUGAUAGGCUUCUCUGAAUUUCUCCGCGGGCUGUCUUACAGAAAACGCAGGGACAAACUGAGAAAAGUCUUUGAGGGGUACGAUAUCGACGGGGACGGCUACGUAAACCGGCGCGACUUUCUCCGAAUGUUCAGAGCCUACUACGUGCUGUAUAAACAGAUGCAUAAAGACAUCCUGGAUGGAUUGGAUGACCAGCUUCUUGCCACCAAUGAGGCCCAGCAACUGAUAUCCAGUCGACAGCCACUCAGCAGCCUUUUCGGCAGGGACAUAAGGAUACCCCCUGGCGACUUGGCCUUGAGGGUUGAGGGCAAAAUCCAUCGAAGAGAUGGCAGUAUCGAAGUGGCCGAAGGCUUCAACGGUGUAUUCGUCGAAAACCGGGGUGACACAGCAUCCAGGGAAGACAUUUUAGCCAGCCUAUUUGCGUAUGACGCAGACACGCGGCCUCAUCGUCGCUUUGUCCGGCACAACGACGCCGAGACGAACUGGCGGAUGAUGCGACGUGUGAGUGGCGGUGACCAAGACAGAGCAUAUUGGUCGUCAUUGCUUGAUCCUCCAACCACGCUGGACGAUAUCUCCCACGUAUUCACUAACACUGAGGACGAGGACCUCGAUAGUGAUGGCGACGACGAUGAAGAUGAAGAGGAGGAUGACGGGGAUAUGCAGGAUGAUGACUCUGGUCGUACAUACAGCGAAUUGCGAGCCCGAGCCGUAGCCCGAAGUCGCAAACUAGCACCUAAGUUGGAGAGGCAGCGCCGGGACAUGGCACGGAGGCACCUUCACGAUCGGUGGAAGAGACGGCAAUUUUAUUUGGAUGAGGAGGAGGGAGGGAUGGCCCCGGAUGAUUGGGAUGCCGACGAGGAUAUCCUUGCCCGAAUGAACCAGACGAUGGAAGACUCCAAAGCCAGCGACACACAGCCCAUGACGACUCGAUCCCGCUCUAGCUCCAAAGUUCGAUUUGCCGAGGAUACAGAUGACUACGACAUUCGAUCCAACCCCUCUACAUCGUCGAGGAGCGUGCCUGAACGGUGGGGAGGCAUGGAUAUCCCAGACGCCGAAAAAGACGCCGGCAAAGAGAUUCUCUAUCAAGUCACGCAACAGGCAUUCAAUGAGCUCCUUGAUACUAUAUUCAAAAAGGCAGAAGAUGUGGCAAUUGCUGCGGCCGAGUCCGCCAUUGAUCGGGAAACGUACAAGGCUGAGAUUGAUGCCACGGACCUUUUGGAACCCGAAUGCAACGCACCGCCAAAGGAGCGCGAGUCGGACUCGCACCCCGCCGAUAAGGCCAUUUCGGAGAAGUCACUGGAUGAGCUUCUAGCCGAUACCGGGUACGCGGUCGUCCCUGACGAGUCGCGUAAUGCGGUCGAGUUUGAAAAUUCGGUAGAGGUCAUACAUGAAGAGCAGGCAGAGGGUACAGAAUCCAGCACCGAGGACGAGAAUGCGGAAUUUCACGACCCAACGCUGCCGCAGUUCCGCCCAAACACUGUCGCAGAAGCAGACGAGCUGGCCGCCAAGCAGCGAGCAUCCGAGCGGCCAGCACACCCCCGGCGAUCAUCAUCUCGUCAAUCCCCCCUUGAGGAACCGGAUGCCGCCACGCUCCGAAGUUGGAAGCGGCUCAACAUUGCCGAGGCAGAAGCCAUGAAACGGGGAGGCUGGGGGCGUCUGAGCUUUGAGGAGUUUGAAGAGAUUUACAAGAGUCAGGAGGACUUGGGGAACCGGCUGGAUUAUCUAGGUAGCUGGAUCGACUUUUGCAUUCCCUAG